AUGGCCACCUGGAAGGAGAGGGGGAUAGUACCAGACUCGGAGGACGAGUUUGGCUCCGACAGCGAUGACGAUGUCCUUCUCCCACCGCCCGUGCCCGUUCCACGAACCGUCCUUCAAGAGAAGUCCAGUAGCAAUAGCCUGCCUCCAGAUGCAAACUCGCCAGUUCCUGUCGAGACUAGCGACAUAUGGGAUCUACCAUUCUCAUCUCAAAAAGAGAACCAGCCACCUCAAUCUCAAUUGGCACGACCGAAGACACCAACGGAGCCAUAUUUCCAGCUUGUUUCCUCGCCACUUUCCGAGCCACCAUCGGAUCUAGGGAUUGACGCCGAUGAGUCGCAAUCACCCAAGAGGAGAGCACCGAUUCAACCAAGAAAUUAUGCUCGGGUAUUCUCACCGGACCCUCUUGCGUUCUCACCAGCGAAUGUUACCGAUAUCCGACCCCCUUCAUCGAAACCAACUCGUCAGCCACCGGAGAACGAGACGCCGAAUGAAAGCAAUACCAGCCAUGGUGUAGUGGAUCAUGAAGUAGAUGGCGCUGAAAAUAAUGAUGAAAAUGGAGAAUCCAGUGCGCAAGCUGAGGAUAUAUCUGAUCUUAGCCAGAUGGAAGAACCCCUCUCCGUUUCAAACACCGAGACUGGAAUCGACUACCCUACCGAAGACCUCGAAUCUAGUGAGCUACAUAUAGGGAGGCGAACCUUUCGGCCACGGAAGCCAAUACAAAAGCACCCAUAUGCACUGGAAAACGCGCUGUACUCGAAAAUCUUCAAGUCCCACGGCUUGAAGCCGGUGAGACUCCAGACGCAAGAAAGCAGCCAGCAGAGAAAGGGAACGGAGGACGACUCACAAGAAAAAGAUUUCGAAGAGGACACUCAAGAAACUACUAAUGAGAGCCUUGAAACCUCUGACGAGAGUCAGGAACGUCCUGCGAUCGAGGAGGCGAACCUUCUAGAUGAUCUUGGUUCUUCAUCGCCGAUUACACCGACCACAUCACUACCACGACACCAAGGCGGCCCUAGUAGCCAGCCGAGCGCUGAUGGCACUGAGAAUACCAGUGUUGAUGGGGAUGCUGAUCUGGAUGAGUUCCCGCCCCUGGAGGAACUUGUCAACGCCCCCCCGCAGCACUCCUCAUCCACUCGAUCGAAAAAGCGAAAGAGCCUGUCAUAUUCGUCAAUUUCAGCGAAGCGGUCAAGGUUAAGCGCUAGGAAUGAACGACCAGGAAAUGAGCGAGACGACAUAUAUGCCCUCACUCCGUCUCGCCCGUACUCAAUUGAGCAGCGCCGUUCUCAAACAACCCUAAUUCCAAAGUUGAAAAUUCCGGACGACUUCUCUCUUUCUCCUCCCUCGCCGAAACAUAACCAGCGCCCACAAGAUACCCGACCCUCGCCGCCUCCUACCGAACCGCUCAGAUUAGAAACGCCCAGAAAUCGUCCAAUCGACCUCACUGCCGAAACGGAUGACGAAUCUGCGGACGAGUCCUCUGAUUCCUCCGCGUCAGGUAGUGAAUCCGAGGUCAUUCGUGAGGUCGGAAAACGACUCCGUGGUGUUCUUCCCCCUUCAUAUUUGCGACUGAACGAGACCAAGGAGGCUAAAUAUCAACGCUCGAACCAGCCUAACCGCCCAGCUAUCACAUCACCCGGAAAGCUACCUCGUCGGGGCGUUGCGCAGCGGAGGACGCCAGGCCCCGAGACUCCAAUCACUCCGAGACCCAUAUUUGAUGUAUUUGAUGAUGAUGACGAAGACAAUGCUGUCCCUCUCGGCGCUGAGGAAAGCCCUAUCCCCAUGGUCCAAACUACCUUGGUUCUCGAGCCCGAUGAAGGGGAGACAGACGACAAUGACUUAUCGGCUAUGGAAGACAACCAAAUCGAUGUUAUGCUUCCCGUGAGAAAGCGCUCGAGCGCGGUAUUACCCAAAGCAUACGGCACAAAGCCAGCCAAGCGUCCGAAGCUCAACAUCUCCCGAACCACUCAGUCUAGAAUCACCUCCCACUUCGGAGGAUCCGAUAUGAAAGGGCCUAGUAAGGCUAACCCACCGAAAUUAAAAUCUCAACGACGCACACGCCGUGUGAUGCCUACCUCGAGGCGGCAUCCUCCCCAAAAUCGCAACACGGGUCCCGCUCCAAAGUUGGGUAUUCUGGAUGUCAUUGAGCCCGACGCACCUCGGUUUCUCAAGAUUGCCGCGCGUACUGCCAGGCGAAGCGACAAUCUAGGGAGAUCCAGCCCUACCCGCAAGGUCUUACAAAUGGCAACCCGUUGGGACCAUCUCGAUGUUAAUAGCGUGAUGCAAAAAUGGCGAGGCGGCCACCUGAAGCCUCGCCCACUUACUAAAAACCACCCACAGCCGAGACCUAAACCCAAUCCGCAGCUGAAUAUCUCACACCAUGUACGACCAAGGCCAAUGUUCCGAAACAAGAAACUUAUUACACAACUUGAUACCGACGGCAAUUUCACAUACACCCAAUCUACUAUAAAUCCGACUUCGACAGCGCACAAUGCUCCUCGCCCGGAAGGCCAGACAACGAGUGGUGCGUACCUGUCUUCGAGGCCAUUAUAUCGGCCUGCCCAGCUUGAGACGACUGUCGAGCAGAACAAAUACACUUUCCAUGCUAAGAAGAAGGCAUUGGACGACCUCUGGAGGAGGACCAGGGGCAAUUCACCAUCGGUUGGGCCAUUCUCAAUCACGGGGAGUAUCCUGCAAGAUGAUGUUGGGCGGGUGCUCUCCACUGGCCCUGCAGAGACGACAGAUGCCCCUGGUUCUGUAAGGUCAAUAACUCCAACUUCUUCGACGUCUCGGGCGGGUAAUCGCUCAAAGUUCCGAAAGCGGUUCAUUCCCAAGGAGAUCGAUACCACCGCUCCCCAGUUCUCGUAUGCGAAUGAGCCUUCUCCGCAACCUCUCCUUGAGCUCUCCUCGAACCCCAUAGAUGGACUUGGAAACUCUGAUAAGCUAAACGGCCUGGGUCCUUUCGGAACUCAAUAUACGCACCAUUUCGAAAUAUUCCCCUUAGACAGCGAUGUCUUCUUUCAUGAGACCACCCUCAUCGGCCAGGGGCGGAUCGACAAAGCGACUGACGGCUAUGAUCAGGAGAGGCUCGAGCAAAACCGUGGACGUACUACCUUUGAAUUGGACGGCAAGACUCUUCGCUGGGGUUCCUGGAAUGAGCAGGUAUCGUCUGAGGUGGGAAUUCUCAUGGAUUGGAUGGUGGAUCAUUUUCACACUCCUUCACAAGAGUUUGAUUUGUCCCGGAAUGCAACUGCUCUCCAGGCGGCGGAUUUCAUGUUAAACUACAUUCAGGACUCUAUGAGCUUGCCUGAUCCUGCAGCGGAGCAGUCAUUCGCCUAUCGCAUUCUCGAACUGCUCAAGGGAUUUCAGGAGAGAAUCGAGGCUGAUAGACCGUAUUCCAAACCUCAGUGUCGAACGGUUGUCCUGGAUGUCCUUUCGAGGAUGCUGACCUUAGCGUUCACCUGCACGCAUAUCUGCCGCAAGUCCCCAUCGCUAAUAGAUACGCGCAUUCCAAUGGAGGAUCUCCUAGUUCGGAUAUCAAAAACAACCGCCGGGGCGCUCCUCGACCAAGGAAUAGACGCUGUGCUGAAGUUCUUGGAGGAUUCUCGGCAGCAGUCAUCUCGGCAGAGAGGCGUACGGCGGAGGGAUGUUAUCAUACAAAGCUGGGUGGUUCUGAUGAGAACUCUGGAAGUGGCGCGGAUUCCCCGAUCAGGCUUUUGGGACGUCCUUUAUUCCGUCAUGAUCACGAAUGAUAUUAAUACCGAGACGGAUUGUGGGAAGCUCGAGGCUCUUUGGAAAACUAUGUUCUCCCUUCUCCCGUUGCGCGAAUUCGACAGCCACGGAGCGAUUGUGGUCGGCAUUAGGAGGAAAGUCUCCAUGGAUGGGUGGGCUCUGCCACAAAGGUUGAUUAAGAGAGUACUCGAUCUGUACAAGCAGAAUCGCCGACAGGCCGCGAGCUUCAACGACUACUGUCGUGCGCUCAUCAGCCGGUGUCAUUACCUCGCUCAAGAAUGGGGCUGGUCUAGGUGUGGAGGCAUUGUCGGAAGCAUAUUCGACUUUUUCGGCUCCCAGGAUCUCUCUCACCUUCGAAACGAGGAGGCUUUCAAAUCACCACGAUUCCUUGAUGAGCUAGCAGGCAACCCAUCUCUUGCCAUUGAGCGGGAGGACAGGUGUUUCCACAUAUUUCUCAAGUUUGUGGCCGUCGUCAUCAAGCGGCUACGGGACCGUGGCGCCACGAAUGAGAUACGCAACUUGGUUGCCCGACUCAUGCCAAACCAUAGUCGAGUGUAUCUCAAAGACCAGCCUCUCCACUCCCAUGACUUGGCUUCUCUACGGAACCACCACGACCUUCUUUGCACACUAUUCUGGCCCGCGCCCCCGCAGCUCCGCCCAGGCGCUCAUAUCUUGGAGACACUCAUCAAGCCCGGCGAUUCCCACAAAGAUGCGUGCCUCGUGAAUUUGAAGGCCUGGAACCAAUUGGCCAGAUAUAUUGUGGCAACUGAGGAAGAUGCCGAAGUCUUCAAGGUCUUUCGCCGCUGGCAGUUCGGCAUGUUCCAGCAACUCCUUGACCAAUUCAAGAUGGCAGAGUCUGAUGCCCAGGAGCAAUACCUUGCUCUCUCGAAGGAUGAUAGCCAAGCCAUCACUCAAGCCCGCAUCGAGUUAGUCGUGAGCAUGAACCGAGCGGUUGCGAAGGAGAUCAUUCACGCUUGUCUAAAAGCUUCCUUAGACACGAUGUCAUACGCACGAAGCCUUAAGGCUGCGGCGUUUGCGCUCAACUCGCUUCAGUUGGAAGAGAUUUUCAAUCACUUCUCCCUUAUGCCAGUCACCCUGGACUGGGCAAUCCUGCGAAGGGCUUUGGAGACGGUAUCCAGCUAUCUGACCAAGGUCGAUGCCCUUUGCAACAUGUCAGAUUGCAGCGCGGGAGUACCAGCCGGUUUCUCCCAGGCGAUGACAGCUCUUCAUCGUGAACUAUCACCAUCCUUUUUCUCCAUGGCACGAUGCGUUUUGGGAUCUCACGAGAUCCAGCCCAAGUCUACCGUCGCUAAGGUCGACAAAGAUGUAUGCAUCGAGCUUGCCGUUGUCCUCUCUGCAAAGCUGCUUUCUGGCUUUGCUAGAGUAGGGCUUGUCGCCAUCUCCCAAGCGUUUGGGCGUGGAAAGUGUAGCCUCUUCCAGGUGGAUGCCCACAGACUGUCUCUUAGCCACCGGAGAUAUCUCCCCCUUUUCGUGGCUAUUCUUCUCAAGCAAGGCCCGUCCGACGCCACAGGCCUCGGCUCGAGUUUGCUUAAUCUUUGGUUGCUGGCUAUCGUGAAGCCUCGACGCUUCCUCGCGUAUGAAAAUCAACUCGCCGAAGAACUAAAACGGCGACAUGAGCCUUUUGUCCCUGAAGCCGUUGUGGGACUCUCGAUUGAUCCCGACUACGGCUCAAACCACGAGCUCUUUGCCUAUGCUGUUUCCUGGAUGCGCCGAGCGUUGCGUCAAGCGCCCCCGUCUUCAACAAAAGCCCUUAGCGCGGAGUUUGCUGCUGCGUUGCGGACAGUUAUGGAUCAAAUCAAGUUUGAUCUUAAGGCCAUCUCGAUGGACGCUGCCGACCACCCUAUCUACGUCGUCUUUAUCCGGGACAUCGUAUCACUCAUUCGGUCUCACUGCACUGGCAUGUGCACCAUUGACGAAUUUUUCUACCAGAUCAACAAGGAGUAUUCGCCGUCCCUCCAGGACCCCCAGCUGCAUGUUGCAGGGAUCAUCUCUUACGGACUCCGGCUUGGCGAAGGCGAUGCGAGAGUUGUCCCGCAGCUUUUCUACUACUUAUACAACAACUUCAAGGUUGCUCUGAUAAACAACAAACUUGGAAACGAGGCUCGGAUGUUGCGAAAGGGGAUGAAGAACAAUCAGAUCCUCGGCUUUGUAUUCAGCAAGAUGUUGCCAGCAGUCGCCACAGCGGCCGUGCGUGUACGCGGAGCAUUCACCGUCUUAGAUGUGUACUGUGAGGGGAUGGCGCAACUGUUUGCCCGGUAUCCAGCAAGUCAUGAGCUCCCAAAGGAAAUGCUCCCUGAUGCGAUUCAUCUGUUGAGAACUGUUGUACGGUGUCUCUACGAGCUUUCUCGAGGGGGCGAGAGUCUUAUCUCUGCUGAGAAACUACAUGUUGCAUGCCGACUGUGCUCGAUCGCAAACGUUCUUUGGCCUUCAUUAGGGACUCUGUCCUACACGGACACACCAUCGCCAUCGCUAGAUGAGCUCAAGAUCCUCUAUCGGCGGUUACACGGGUGGUUGGACGGCUCAAUAUCAUACCUUGAGGACGUUCUGAUCCUACGGGAGACGUCCCCACGAGCUACCGAUCUUUUCGGCGGGUUGAGAGCCGUGGCAGAGUCCCUACCGCCCGCGGAUUCCUCAGCGGCAUCCUUUGUCGAGUCCAUUGUCACCGAUGUGCAGAGAAACUGGAUUAUUACGGAGGAGAACAUCACAAUUCAAGCGCCGGGAAGGGUUCCAGGUUCAACCUCGACCCAGUCCGGCCAGGGGACGAGGAAACCACUGUGGGAUGUUUUCGAACUGACCGAGAGUCUAAAAAACGAGUUGGAAUUUUGGAAUAUGAUGCAGGAACGGACUUUUCCACUUGGGGACGAGUGUAGGAAGCAGGACAGAGGCACUGGCGGUUUGUUUUUCUAA